GCAAACUGAUAACGUUUCGUCUUUUAAUCUGAAAUUUUAAAAGGAAGCACUAUAUCUGUGAAUAAAACUGUGCAUUUUGUUCGUAAGCUUCUUGAACGCUUUACGCCAGUAGAAAUGAAACUUGCUAGCGUAUGUCUCUACUACACUGCAUGGAAUAUAUUCACUUUCGUUGUUGUAGCUACUAAUAAUACGUGUGAUUCAGUAAAGAAUUCAACCACUAAUGAUGCAUUACUAGCUAUUUUUAAUUUGCUCGACACGGCAGGACUGUUACUGAAUGAUGUGAAGAAAUAUGCGUGUAUUGCUCAAAGCAGUGCCAUCUCUAGAGAUUCACUAUUAAAUAAGCCUACUGACUGCGCUGAAAUUAAGACAAAAAAUGAAACUGCCAAAAGUAGUGUUUACACGAUCUGGCCAUUAAACCGAAUUUCCAAGGGAUCAGUUCAAGUAUUCUGCGACAUGGAAGACGAUGGUGGAGGCUGGACGGUUAUUCAGAGACGAGGUGAUUUUGACAGUGAAAAGGACUACUUUUAUCAAGACUGGGAAGCUUACAAAAAUGGUUUCGGAGAUCAGAGUAAAGAUUUUUGGCUCGGCAAUGAUAAUAUUUUUGCUUUGACUAACCAAAGAGCAAGCGUUAUCAAAUUCACUCUUUCUGAUUGGGAAGGUAAUACAACGUAUGCAACUUACGACAGGUUUUGGAUUGACGAUGAACCUCAUAAAUAUACAGCACAUGUGAAGGGGUAUAGGGGAACAGCUGGUAAUUCCUUCUCUUUCGUAAAUGGUGUCCCUUUCAGCACCAAAGAUAGAGAUAAUGAUCAACAUGAAAAGAGCUGCGCAGAGAUGUUCAAAGGAGCUUGGUGGUACACCAGUUGCCAUGGUUCUAAUUUGAACGGAUGGUACCUAAAAGGUGCCCAUAAAUCUUAUGCUGAUGGAGUAGAGUGGAGUUCAUUUCGUGGACAGUAUUACUCUUUGAAAGACACAGUUAUGAAAAUACGCCCAAUGGAUUACAAUCGAAAAGACAAAUUUGAAAUACCAGUUACACCGCAAUAGAAAGCAGAAGUUAUUCAAGAACAUUUAGUUAUGCUUCCAAAAAAAUUUUUUUUUUCGUUUUGAUAAUUACUUCUAGUGGCGAAAAUGUCUUCGUCCACUUUUAUUUUAGGAAGAAAAUUCAUAGUUAUAUCUAAAUUCAAUUUCUGUACUUGUAUUUACUGUGUCAGAAGAUGAGAUAGUUUACACUAUAAGAUAUUUCUCCCACCUUCCUAGCGUGCCUUCGUGGUGUAGGGGUCAGCACACUGAGCCGGUAUUUCAGAGGUCCGUGGUUCGAUUACCGCAGAAGGCUUUGUUAAUUUUUCAUCUUUCC